AUGUCAGAAUAUUUACCAAUAGAGGAAUAUCAGAAUAUUUACCAGUGGAGGAAUGUCAGAAUGUUUACUUGUGGAGGAAUAUCAGAAUAUUUACCAGUGGAGGUGUAUCAGAAUAUUUACCAGUGGAGGAAUAUCAGAAUAUUUACCAGUGGAGGAAUAUCAGAAUAUUUACCAGUGGAGGAAUAUCAGAAUAUUUACCAGUGGAGGAAUGUCAGAAUGUUUACCAGUGGAGGAAUGUCAGAAUAUUUACCAGUGGAGGAAUAUCAGAAUAUUUACCAGUGUAGGAAUAUCAGAAUAUUUACCAGUGGAGGUGUAUCAGAAUAUUUACCAGUGGAGGAAUAUCAGAAUAUUUACCAGUGGAGGUGUAUCAGAAUAUUUACCAGUGGAGGAAUAUCAGAAUAUUUACCAGUGGAGGUGUAUCAGAAUAUUUACCAGUGGAGGUGUAUCAGAAUAUUUACCAAUAGAGGAAUAUCAGAAUGUUUACCAAUAGAGGAAUAUCAGAAUAUUUACCAGUGGAGGUGUAUCAGAAUAUUUACCAGUGGAGGAAUAUCAGAAUAUUUACCAGUGGAGGAAUAUCAGAAUAUUUACCAGUGGAGGAAUAUCAGAAUAUUUACCAGUGGAGGAAUGUCAGAAUGUUUACCAGUGGAGGAAUGUCAGAAUAUUUACCAGUGGAGGAAUAUCAGAAUAUUUACCAGUGGAGGAAUAUCAGAAUAUUUACCAGUGGAGGUGUAUCAGAAUAUUUACCAGUGGAGGAAUAUCAGAAUAUUUACCAGUGGAGGUGUAUCAGAAUAUUUACCAGUGGAGGUGUAUCAGAAUAUUUACCAGUGGAGGUGUAUCAGAAUAUUUACCAGUGGAGGAAUAUCAGAAUAUUUACCAGUGGAGGAAUAUCAGAAUAUUUACCAAUAG